AUGAGCCUAAUUCAGGGAAUUACGAUCAACUACCCAACACUGCAUAGUGGGAAAGUAAAUGCAAUUAAUCAGAAUGUCUCAAGUGAAGCGAUUGAAGAGAUGCCUGCAUACACGAAGUUUCUGAAGGAUAUGGUAAUCAAGAAGAGGGGUACUGGUAAGUUUGCCACGGUGGCUUUAACGCAGAGCUCAAAAUCAAUAAUCCCAUCGAAGAUGAGCGAUCCUGGGAGCUUUACUAUAACUUGCUCCAUUGGAAGACUGUACAUCGGGCAAGCAUUGUGUGACCUUAGAGCUAGCAUCAACUUGAUGUCUCUGUCGAUCUUUAAGCAGCUGAAUGUGGGGCAACUUGGACCCAUGAUCGUGACUCUCCAACUAGUAGAUAGAUCUCUAGUGCAUCCAAAGGGGAAGGUGAAAGACGUGCUGGUUACCAUCGACAAAUUUAUAUUACCAGCCGACUUUAUCAUCUUAGAUUANAUCCAAAGGGGAAGGUGA